AAAUUGUCCCCAUUUUGCAACAUUACAAAGGCUUGGGUUAGUUGAACGUGGCCGUGGUUGCGAAAUGCUUUGUGCCCAUAUAUGCAGGUUCGGAAGGCCUGAUGCCCCACAGUAGUCCUGCCGUGGUUGGAGUGAGUAGUGGAUAAAUAUCGUCGUCGUCGUCGUCUCGCAGUCUUUGUUCCUGGGUGAAAGCGAGAGUGCUGGUGUCUGACAUGGGGAGUAGAUUUGAGUGGAUACACGGAUUUGUCGGUCGGUCGGUGGUGGUCCUGCUUGUGAGAAGUGAGUGAGGGUAUUUGAAGGAGAUGAAGGAGGAAGCCCGCAUCAGUUCUCGAACCAUUCUCAACCCAUCAACAUACGCUUAGCUUCCUACGGCAAAUAUUUGAUUAUCAGCCAUCCAAGCAGCAGCAACUCGUAUUAUUAGGUUCCCUCUUUCUUAAAGAAGUCGAGCGUCCAUCCGACAUUCUUGGCCGAGGUGUGUGUUUCUGGGGGUAUUAUGAGCAGCGUCUGACUGACUGAGCUAAAACCAAUACACAUGCAAACGUAGAUCAUGAUCAGCACCUUCCCCAUCAUCAUCUUCUGCCGGAUUGGAGCAGCUUUCCCCCUUCCUGCCGUUCUCGAGUGUGUAUCAAAAGACUCAGAUUUCCAGAAGAAACCUACCCACGGACGGCUGCCGACUCCAAGUCCUUGUCAGUUUUGAAACUCGAAUCGCUCGCUAAGCAGUGAUCGCUCCAAUCCACCAACUUCUUCUUUGUGUAGACCUUCAAACCCCCGUAGCAACUAAUAAUAGACUGAAAACUGAAAAUAAUUUAGGCUAAAUUGACACAGGAGGAAGGAAGGAAGGAGAAAAUCUGUGUAUUUGUUGAUUAUUAUUAGUGCUACAGUGGGUGGACCGUGUGUUUGUCGGAUUAAAGAGAAAAGUCAACAAGUUAGUUGUAUGUACAACAAAGCGAACAAAUCUCCUUGUUGAAACGUUGGUGGUUUAAAGCCGAGAAAGGAAGGGUUCACAACGGUGCAGUGCUGGUUGUGUCGAGUAGUCGUGGAGUGUGUUUGGAAACAAAAAUAAAUUAAUGCUUGGGGGCAAUCCUGAACACUGAGGAGCCAAAUCCAGCAGACGGGACACAGACGAUACAUGUUCUCAUUUUCCUCCUCCUCCCAUUAUUUCAGACGUACAAGAGAAAUCUGUAACAGGAAUUUCUACCCUUCUUCUCCCCACUAAUUUACCGACCUGAUUGUUUUCGCUAACCAACAACGGAUGGGUUACAGUUCCAGACAAAAAAAAGUGGAAAAAAUUUCUUCAAGACUUGGUUGCUUACUCUUGGCGGCGUUUGUUUUACUACCUUGUCGAAUUUUUCCCUGUUUGAACCAUGAAUUGGACGUCUCUGAAGGUGUUCAUUUCUGUUCUCGCCAUAUCUGGUGAGCUGAAGUAUGGCGAAGGUCGCCGAGAUCGGAUGGGUGAAGGUCUAAACGUUCAAAUCGAGGCUCCCAGCUCUGUCCGUGUGGGUGAGACGGUGGUUCUGAAAUGCCUUUACGACCUGGGCGGAGAUUCCCUCUACACGAUGAAAUGGUACCGCGGACCUGACGAAUUCUAUCGCUUCACGCCAAAGGAAUCGCCUCCCGUCAAAACCUUCCCUUCACCAGGUCUCUCGAUCGAUCUAGCAAACUCGAACGCGACACAUUUGACUUUGCAGAGGGCUGAUCUUUCAUUAUCUGGGCGGUACGAUUGCGAAGUUACUACCGACUUUCCAAAUGUCAUUGCCAACGUGAAGCAAGUUUACUUGAGAGUCAUAGCCUAUCCAGAAAAGAGACCAGAGAUAGUAAUAAUUCCAAAUAAGCGUCGAUACUCAGUUGGAGACAUAUUGGAGGCAAAUUGUACCUCAUAUCGCUCAAAGCCUGCGGCCAAUCUUACCUGGCUCAUCAAUGGGAAAAGGAUUGGUAAAAAAAUCCAGGUGAACUCUCGCUACCAUCAACACGACCCACAAGAGUAUCGGUUUCGGGAUUUGCAGAACACGGAAACCUCGCGAUUCACGAUCCGCAUAGCGAUCACCUCGGAACACUUUGUGGGUGGGCAGUUGAAACUGAGCUGCUUGGCCGAGAUUGCCGACCACUAUCACCAAACCUCAGAGGUCAUCAUUUCAGAAGAAGACAGGCCCAAAAUCUCUUCCGUUGUCGAUAACUCGUCCUCCACAGGUUCUGGGAGUAACAGCAGAUUCACAAAUUCAGGUUCAUCAUCUGGAACGAGGACGGCUACCAAUUUCUUCCAAAACACACCGAAACAUUUUCUCCUACAUUUUCUUCUGUUACUUGCCCUGCUUUCGAGAAAUAUCCCAAGUUUCAUAUUGAAUUUACACUGUAAAAUAAGUGCACCCACAGAAAUAAGGAAUGGCAGCCCAGCGACACCUUUCCCCACAAUUCUAUGCUGAGACAUCUCUUCCUUCACGUUUGCAUAAAAUAAUAUGUGAUUGAUUCAAUUUCCUACUUCAAAAAAAAAAAAAACCUGGAUACUUACGGUUUAAAAUUCAGCUUUUCAACUUUUCGACAAAAAUUAAUUAAAUCUGUUGUUACUCACUCGGAAAGGGAGUUUUAUCAUAAUGAAGAUUGAAUGGGCAAGGCUGCAGUUCAAGUGGUGGCUUCAUCUCGUCGUCAUCGUGGUUAACCACCAUACUCGAGUAUUAUUGACUCUUAUUUCCUCCGUGUGGAUGAGUGAUCUUAGAGUGGCGGAGAUGAUGACGGCAGAUAAAGUGACAAAGAUAUUCGACAUCACUCCCUAUUAAAUUCUGCAUCUUCUUCCCGUCAAGAUGUAUUAGUGUAAGGUUAUUCUUGUAAAAAUACGACUUAAGACCCUAGUACUACUACUACUUCCACUGUAAUCAUUAGCACUCGAAGUGACAACGCUGAAAGUGACGGUUGGUAAAUUGAGUAAAAUUUGAGAAAGGGAGAGCUUACAGGGAAAAAGAAAGUGAAAAACGCGGAGCCUCAGCUAACACUAUAAAAACAUUAUUCUCCGACAACCAAAAGUUUUUAAAUGCAUUGUCGUGAAUUUACGUCACUCACUCGUGAAUGGAUGUGGGUGGGUGGGUGACUGAUUAAAUCCCACUUUGCUCUCGGAACAAUCAUACUAAAAAAUACUAUGCGCAGUGUUUUUGCAUGUGCCAUAAGUUGAGUUUCCUAUACAUACAUAUAGCGAUAGAAGUAAUGUUAUCAUCACGAUUUAAAUUUACCAUUUGUAUGAGUACACAUGUACUAAGGGAUGUCCGUUGUAAGACGUCAUUUGAAUUUUUUUCGCAAAUUUUGGCAAUGUGGACUAAACUAUAAGCUAAACUAUCUAUGAGGCAACUUGCACCACCACAAAGCUAGUUCGACUUUUCUCAUUCAAGACGGCUCCUACUUUUGGUACUGCUAAAGAUAUAGUUCUCCUCUCUCUGCUGGUUUUUUCCUCUGUCACAGUCCUCGGUUUGGUUAUGUGGUGAAAUUCUUACUGGGAAAUGGCAAUGUUUGUCCCCAAAGAUAAGAGACGCGACCAAAAAGCUUAGCUUGUGCAUGGAAGUGACUCCGUUGUCCCACUUUAUUCUAGGCUCAAUCCAAUUUCGUUGAACCGAACGCAAUCCCAAAUUCUAUUUCCUUGUUAGAAGAAAGUCAACUUUUUGAAGAAGGACUUCUUGACCCUUGAAAUGACACACAUGCAAACAAGCAGAGUAGCAAAGAAACAAACUUUUGUUACAUAAUAACUCAUGGAGGAACUACUGGGCUUGGCGUGUCCUUUACGGAAAAAUAUGUUAACACAUGUACGCGUGAACAUGUGUAAGUGCGUAGUGGUGGAAAUUCAACUUGUAUUUAUUUAUCUUCCUCUCCCCUAAAGAGACGAAGGGGUCAGACGGGUUCUAAAUGAAAGAAAGUGAAGAAAACGCUGCCCAGACCGACCCCGUCUCUCUAAUCCCAUUCUCACUCUCCAUCAGCUUCAUUUUCACGGACAAUGUGCGAUCUGCACAAUGCAAGAAAAACUAAUCUCAACUUAGUCCACCACGAGUACAUUAUGUCUGGUCCUACUGGCUACUAAACCACCACCAGGGCCAUAGAAGAGGAGACGAACAAAUCUGGAACGGUUUUGUGGGGGUACACAAAGUAGAGGACUGUAUCAGUGUAACGACUCCACUUUCACCGUUACACAAGGAGAUGAAGAGAAGAAGAAUAAGAAGUGAAACUCGUCUCAACUUUUGUUUCACUUGGACAAUAAAUGACGAAAGAGUAGAAACAAUUGUUGUCAGGUAGCUGAACCACCUCCACUUUCACGUCAUGCCUUCUUGCCCAUUGUCCCGACCAGAUAAUUCACAAUUUUUGUUUCAUAAUAUAAUUUGGUCUAGGAUUUUAUUACGUGUGAUUAAGUGAGUAUCUAUUUACGUACCGAUAGCAUUCCGACCUUAUAAACUUGUCCCGCCCCAAAUAAUUUCCUCAAUAAGUUCCUCUCUUUCCGCUCUUAUUGUUCUCUUAUCGAAUAGUUGCACACAUCCAAAAAAGCAAACAUGAUUGGAAACUUUUCUCUUAAAAAACUCGUUGGGUGUUAGUGUUCAAUUUUCUCGCAAUGAAACGAACGAAAUGCAAGCCAUGCUCAUUUGGACAUUUUAUUGACGCCAAUUCAACAGAGAGGAGGAGGCGAGUAGAGGAGAGGAGAGAUAUCAAGACGUGUGUAUUCAUUGCCAAUCUGAGCCGAACAUCUUAAUUGAAAUUGAUGAGUGGUGUAAUUGAGACGGAAUUAAUCCCGUUUUCUCAUUUCACCUCCAAAACAUCUCGAGAACUAAAUCCUCAAAUGAGUCGCACUUAUUUAUUAUGCACUUCAACAGGACAAACGGGGUGCUUGUUAGGAAGGACACAGACACAGAUAUAUGUACAUAAGUAAGUAAGUUGACCGGUUAAAGUCACCACUUGAUAAGGAGUAAGCUUAUCAUGUAAUGUAAAAUUUUGUUUGUUUCCGGGGUGCACAGUUGGAUUACUUAAACUUUUAGCUAUUGAAUAAUGUAACACCACGUUGAAAGAUGUUUAAUACUAAAUUAACAAUCAAGAAAUUUACUACCUACCACUAAUACGAAAUCUCGAAUUAAUAGGUAGAAUCGGGUAUGAUAUUGACAAUCGAUUGUCUGGUAAAAAAAGAGCGAGUGUAAACAAUAAUUAGACCUCUCAUAGCUUAUCCCUACUUUUUUAAACCAAUCGUGCAUACGUAAAUGUUGUCAAAUUGAACGGAGGAAUGUUUCUAGUAAAAUAAAAGAAUGACCGAGUCCACCUGAUGCGUAUAUAUCCCUAUGAAAUAUCUACAUACUAGCAAUUACACAUAAUUUAAAUAAAUACGUACUACUUUGGAAUGGUCGUCGCGUCGUCGUACAUAAUGUGCAUGCAAUGUGUCAAAAUAGUUCAGUCGGAUCCGGACUCCUGACUGAAGGGAACUGAAAGUUGGUCAAUUUCUGUAAAAAGAUUAGAAACUUUUAGAUAACUUUGUUACACUUGUGUCCCAAUAAGUGACUAAUUAUUUCUGUCUCUACUAUCGUAUUUAAGUAGCACGCCUAUGAUACUGUUCUAGAACUUAUUUUUUUGCUAAGCUUGUAAGCACACAUAUAAAUAAGCGUAAAUACAUGUAAUGAAUUACCAGCCGAUAUAUUCAAUUAGUUAAUAUGUAAUUAAAACGGUGGUGGUGAUGGUAUUGUGAAAGUAUCCACAAUUUACAGCAUCCCUAUUAUGUAUAAUAAUUAAGGAAUAAUUAAGGAAUCUAAAUAUGUACACACACAUAAAUAUAUAUUAAGCACAUAACUACACUAGGAAGAAUUUCUGCAUUAUUCCACAUUUUAAUUAUUUUCAAGACAACUGGCUUUAACUAAAUUUUUAGAUUAUAUUUAAUCUCUUAUAAAAUAUCUUACUACAUAACAAUUUGUAAGUAAAGUCUUUGUUAAAAAAAUGUUAAACUUAUCCGUGAAGGUAAAUAGGAAGGAAAUCGGUGAUUAUUUAUUUGACCCUUUUCUAAUGAAAACACGGAAUUCUGGUUAAACAAAUUACUGCAUAGCUUUAUCUAUGUAUUCUCAUUUUCAAUGAAAAAGUCACCAAUGUACACGGUUUUCCAACUGUAUCAGUAUGCACAACGUAGUGCAUACAGUUCACCUAGCUCCCCAUUUAUUGUACGUAGUCAACAACCUUAUUGUUUGUAACAUCCAAUUGUUUGCAGUGGUCUUGGCAGUGAAUGAUGGUCAGAGUAAUGAUAGCAAAUUUAUGAAUAUCAAAACGGAAAUAAAAUAUGAAUGAAAGUGAACCGUG